CACACCACUACUAUAUAAGGCCAAGAACACCUUAGACCAACCCAAUAGUUCAACACCAAUGGCCUCAUGGAAGAAAACCAUUGCCACCCCUUUCAAAAAGGCUUGCACUUUCUUCAACCAGCAACCCCCCAGAGACCCUAAGAAGUCCCAAACAGAGCAAGAGAAGCGGAUUAUGGAUCUUCACGGUGAAGUCAUGGCAUGUGGCUAUGAAGAUGUUCAAGUUAUGUGGUCAAUUCUUGACAAGUCUAAAUCUUCCGCCUGCAAUAUAACUUCAUCAUGACACCUCUUGAAGGAUUCAACUCCGUCAUGAUUGUUUUGGUGGAUGCUGUCAAUGUAAAGAGCGAUAUGUGUAGGUGUUUGAUAGCUCUGGAUCAGUGCCCCUUCUUCAUGGUGCCGAUUUCACUUUCUGAUUCUUGCAAGUCAAUGACUUAUUAUUAACAGGGAAUCCACAUGAUUCGUUCGAGCAAAUCAUGGAGAGAUUUUAUUUUCUUUUUUAUCAAAUGUACAUUGUUUUAUCUA